AAUGUCAUUUAAAUAGAGACAGAGAACCUUACCAGCUAAAACUUGAGACAGAGACAGAGAGAGAUACAGUGAGAACUUCACACUCCUGCAGAGAAGACAAAGAUGAAGAUGAGCUGUGUGUGUUUGGUUCUGGGGCUGGUCCUGCUGAUGACCGUCUCCUCAGAUGCUGAGCCUCAUGGCACUGGCGGCCCUUAUCAGUGCUGUUUUGAAUUCGUCCAUUUUAAAAUUCCAGAAAAAAAUAUCAUACAGGUUGUGAAAACACAUUCCAACUGCCCAAAGCCAGGCUAUGUGGUCACAACACUGAGAGGCCAGUUCUGCAAGGAAGAAGUAGUCCUGAAGAAAAACUAGAUUUCAGAGCUGGAGCUUCAACACAACCCAGACAGAGCACACAGAACAGCUAAAAGCUUUAGGCAAUGUUUUAGUCAUUGCAUCAUUUUAUCAAUCAGUGCUUUGCUUUUCCAGUUUUAUCAGUGCUUGUUUAAUGCUGUGAA